AAAUGAACUUUAUUUACUUACUUCCUUAAUGAUGGUUAACAUAUUAAAAGAAACAGACAAGGAAGUAUGAGAACAUGAGACAGAAUUUAAUGAACAUGUUUCCUGCUUGGCUGUUGAAGUUUAGAUCUUGCAACAAAAACACGUCUCCUCCAUUCAUCCCGCGAGUUUCAGAAAUUAUUUUAAGGAUGAUGUGAUAACCUCUUAGGCAUGAUCAGAUUUACACUUUCAAAUGUUACCAAUGUUUUCUUAUUAUUAUUAUCUUAUUAUCUAACAUUUUUAACAAAUGCUUUCAAAAAGUGAUGGGGACAAAAUCAGACAUUUUCAAAAUGUGGUGGGGACAUGUCCCCAGUAUCCCCAGUGUAAAUGACACUGCUCCAACACAACAUUCUCAUUGGGAAGAUUUUAGUGAGAAAGUGAGAAAGUGCCAAACCUCAAGAAGGUAAGGCAGAAUACAGAAAAAGGCAAGUGCUUUCAAAUCCAGCCAGAUUAACAAUUAAAGGAUAAUUCAAGUUUAGUUCAUUAGAGUUUGAGCUUCCUAGCAGUGGUUAUAGUGUUUGCUACAGCCUUUAUGAUAAACUGAUGAUUUUUAUAAUGCAUUAAAACUUCUUGGGGCAGAAACACCUGCUGAUAUGGAGAGAGAAAAAACAUGCAUCUUAAGAUGUCUACCAUCAUGCCACUGGACCAGUUAAUGUUUACUGGUCAAUGUCUGAGCCAAGUAUGUACAGUGUUUGUUCAAUGACUCAUGAAGCAGCUAAAGUAUAUAAACCUGAGGGAGACUGGAGUUGAAUCAAGUGAUGGACAUUUGUAAGAUGAAGCUGUCAGUGUUGUUGCUGCUGGCCCUGCAGGCUCUGUCCUCAGCCAGUCCUCUGGACAUUGGAAACAACACAGAGCAGAGAAAUGUCUCCUUCAUGAACUCAGAUCCAAAUGGCAGUCCUGAAAUCACCACUAACAGAUCGAUGCUAACAGAUCUACCUCUUCUGACUGUUGCUAAGCUAAGGCAGAAGAGACAGGUUCAGACUCAGUCUUCUUCCUUCAUGUAUGGUGAUGGCUUUGACCUGGAGUGGGUUACCUGGAACAACUCUCUUCCAAACGAGGCUGUUUCGAUUUACAAUAAUUAUGUUGAUCGCAUUGAUUAUGUCUGCAAAUACAGGUGUGAGGCUGGCUUUUAUACACCCAGCAAGGGUCCUUAUUGCCACCAUACAAACACAAAAACAAAAAACGAUUUUGAGCUCCUGAUGAACAAAGACAACUUUGAUAUCCUGGAGUGGAAGGAGGAUUCAUACGGCUCAGUGCCCCAGAAUUCAGUCAGAACCUGCCCUGGGAAGAACAUAUAUGUAGGAAAGAACAAAUAUGGACUUGGGAAGGUGGUUACUAAAGAUAAGGUAUUAUACCUGCCUUGGGAGGAUUCUGAAUAUUGGUACAACUACUACCAGGUCCUGACCAUCGAUGAGAAUAUAAUCAGUCAGCAGAUCUACGAUGUCAGGUACAAUAUUAAUGAUUCUAAGAUAUAUCACUAUCCUCCAGAGAUUAUGCACAAAUCAACCCUCAGAAACGAUGGAUGCCACCCAGUGGUGAAGACAGAUACCAUCUCAAAGACAUACCAGGUGGAGCAAAGGUGGGACUUCACCUUUGCUAUCAAGAUAGGUGUUAAAACGCAUAUGAAAGCCGGCUUCCCCUUCAUCGCCUCUGUAGGUAUUGAGAUCAGCACAGAGAUGAUGUUCCAGUUCUCCGAGGGAACCACGGUGAUAGAGGUCAUCACUGACACUGUUUCUGUUGAGAUCACAGCCCCACCAAAUCACUCCUGCAUAGUUAAUAUGAUGCGGUCUAAGUUUAAAAUGGACAUCCCGUUCACAGCACGCCUCAGCCGCACUUACGGUAACGGGGAGAUCCACACGACAUCCAUCACUGGGACGUAUAACAGCGUUCAGAUUGGAGAAGUUCGGGCCGAUGUGGAUCAAUGUGAACCUCUAGAGAACUCUGAGCCUUGCAUGUGAAACGCAAAAAGCCCCAGUUGAUGUCUCUGUAUGUUUGAUGGGGGUGAGGGGUUGAAUGCACUUUUUGUAAGCUCCUUUGGACAAAAGUCAAAUUAAUUUAAUGUAAUUAAUAGAAUAUGACUAUAAACAAGCUUUUAAAAUCACAUGGCAUUUUAAAGUACCCUUUCAAUCAAAAAUUGUGUUUUUCUUGUUGUUAUUUCACUUGGAUGUUUAAGCUUUACUGUUUUUACAUUCAUCGGCUGAAGAGGGAAAAUUAUACUGUGCUCACAUAAAUUUUUCACAUUUUGGUUUAAUGUGUUGUAGAAAGCUCUGGCACACACACUUUUGGAGACAUCUUGUGACUAGAAGUUUGAAAUUAUUAGCAUAUUGAUAUAUAAUGAGUUUUAUUUCCAUACUACUACUUCUAUCUCCUUGGAUCUGGUGUACACUAAUAUUAAUGCAUGUAAAAAAAAUCAAAGUUCUUGUACUUUUAUCCAAAUGCGUGUACCACUGUAAGUCAAUCAAACUAUGACUCAUUGCCAAUAAAACUUAAUAAAGAGACAGCCAAAUGUU